UCAAUUAAAAUCACGAUGGACGGUGGUUCUCGAGAAAGCUGAGGCGGCCGCAACGGUGCGAUUUCACCCUAUGGGCUACGGCCGCAACCAAAGCGCAGCAAUACUCUACUGUUUUCCCAGCUACUAGUACACGUCUGUUGAGUGUUGAGGCAGCUUAAACUAUCAAAGCAAAGCGCUGUCGAGUCUAUAAGAAAGCUGUAAACCUGUGUGUGGUUCUCUGACUUGUGCUUUGCCCAAGACCCAAGCAUUACUCCGCUCCGCUCUGCCUCUUUCCCGUUUCCCGUUCCCCACACUCCUCGUCUCGUCGUCGUCGGCGGCACAAUCUUGAUUUGCUUCCUCUUGGGGUUGUCUCUAUCGAUGGUGUCUCGGGCGCGUCCGUGCGCCGGCGCUCUGCUGGCGUGCGCGGCCAUCGCCGUUUCUUGCUGCUGGAGCUUCCAGGGCGCCAAUGCGGCGGCGGCGACCCCGUCGUUCGGGGACAACUUCGAGAUCACCGGCGCGGAGGACCACGUCAAGACCUCCCCCGACGGCCAGACGUGGUACCUCUCCCUCGACAACAAGACGGGCGUCGGGUUCCAGACGAAGCAGAAGUACCUGUUCGGGUGGUUCAGCAUGAAGCUCAAGCUCGUCGGGAACGACUCCGCCGGCGUCGUCACGGCCUACUACAUGUGCUCUGACCUUGACGCGGCGCCGCAGCGGGACGAGCUGGACUUCGAGUUCCUGGGCAACCGCACCGGCGAGCCCUACAUCAUCCAGACCAACGUGUACCGCAGCGGCGUCGGCGGCCGGGAGAUGCGGCACUCGCUCUGGUUCGACCCCACUGUCGACUUCCACUCCUACUCCAUCCUCUGGAACCCCAAGCAGAUCGUAUUCUUCGUGGACAAGGUGGCCAUCAGGGAGUACCGCAACUCGGACAAGCCCAACAUGUUCUUCCCCAUCGCCAAGCCCAUGUACGUCUUCUCCAGCAUCUGGAACGCCGACGACUGGGCGACCCGCGGCGGCCUCGAGAAGACGGACUGGACCAAGGGGCCAUUCGUCUCCUCCUACAGCGACUUCACCGCCGACGCCUGCGCCUGGGCGUCCGGCCCGGCCCCGCCGGCGUGCGCGGCCCUCACCGGAGACAGCUGGUGGGACCAGCCGCCGGCGUGGGCGCUCGACAAGGGCCAGCGCCAGGACAACGGCUGGGUGGCCAGGAACCUCAUGAUAUACGACUACUGCGACGACCGCAAGAGGUUCCCCACCGUGCCGGAGGAGUGCGCGCUCAGGACGGCCACCACCUCCUGAUCUUCCUGCGUUCACGCGAUUCAUUUUUUUGGGGGGAGAUCUCGUACGUACGUGUAGCUACUGAUCAUUGGUGAGAUGCAUGCAUGUAUGUUGAUGCGAUAUUGAUUGGCUGAGGUGGAUGUCAUGUGAAUGAUACUAGCCCUUUCUCUUGGUGGAAAUGGAUUGAUUUUUUUU